GCUUCCACUCCUUUUCCUCUCUCCCUCAAACUCUUUCUUCUAUCACAUACGAUAUAUCAAAUCACUCAUCUCUUUUUCCUACCUUAUGACAUUUUCACGACUCACUAUCUUCCCAUCACCGUCCCCAACUCCAUCCUUGAACGCGCAUUCGGUCUACGAACAUCCCUUGACUCUACAUCUCUCAUAACAGGAGAGAACUACCGAUCAGCCGGACAUGUCUUACUCGAUCGAAUGAGAGAUAUGGAUUUCCGUACUCUUUACACAAGGUUCGGACAUGAGAUUAUGAGUUGUGAAUGGUGUCUUCAUUCGGACGAUUACAUCCUUUAUGGUCUACCGAGAGUUAUGGCUCCUUAUGUGGGGGAGUUGGUGGUGGUUGCUUUAUUGGGAUUGGGAGUCAUUACGGGUAAAGAUGCUGGAGAAAGGGGAAAGAGAUGGAGAAAGAGUUUUGGAUGGGUUUUGGGAAUAGGAUCUGUAAUGGAAUUAGGAGUGAGAUGGGGUUGGGAGAUUCGGAUAAUAGAUGGGGAUUGUUUACAU